CUGGUCGCUCUCUGACCUCUGCUGUUCCUGUUUGGGAAUGAGAAAGCCCUCUCCCAGUUUUCUCCACUGAGUUUUCUCCCAAACAACUGAAGGAGAGGCUGCCAGGAACUUCCACAUACUUUCUUCAAACACACUUCGUGGCUGUGAGGUUGAUGGUUUUGACCUAAGUUUCCUUGCCUGACAAAUGGGUCUAUUCAUUAUACCCACCUCAUCGGGAGGUUGGAGAAUUAAAACACUUGGAAGAGUGCCUGGCAUGUAAUAAACCUCAGUGUUAGCUGCUCUUAAUAAUUACAGACGAGGAAACUGAGGCUCAGGGAGGUCAGUUAACAAGGUCACACGUAAUAAGUGGUGGAGUUGGCGUGCAAACGCAGGUCAGGCUGGUUGCCAAACCUAGGUUACACUGCAGAAUCCUCCAGGUUCAGAGGCCUGUGGCCCCUGGGGUGGAAGAGCGCUCCAGGCUGAAGAGUACUGUGUGUCUUGGCUGGUCAAGGGCACUUGGUCAAGGUGACCCAGUGUGACCUUGGGUUGAAGCUGUUCUCAGAAAGGAAGUCUCAUCGGGAGGCUCAUUGCCUGGAGUCAGAUAUAUGUCCGUAUUGAUUGUCACCAUGGGAUUGCCAGGUGACCCUUGGGAGGGGUGCUUCACCUCGGCUUUGGCUGGGACUGACUGGCCAAGGUGAGGGUCAGGCCUGUCACUGGAUUGGAGAGGGAUGGGGAGGGGGAGAUCAGAGCACUCUAGGGACUGCCCGCUGUCCUUUCUCCUCCCCUCCCCAAUCUCCUCCGGCAUUUGUUUCCUUUCAAAAGCUGGCCUGGGGCUGUCAGACAGGGCAACAAAAGCAACUUUCCUCCAAGCCACUGCCACCUGUUGGGUUUUCACACGUUGAGGGUGAGUGGGGGAGGGAGCUGUUGCCCUUUUCCCGGUGUCUGCGGUGUGCCCCCUCAGGCCCCCCAGGGGCCUGGGAUUCUUUGCUGCCCGAUGUGACAGGGCUCGUGAGCCAAAGAGGGCGCCUCCCCCCCCCCCCAGCAGCUGGAAGGGAAUUGAGUGGGAAGGGGUCGGGUCUUGGCAGCCGGGAGAGAGUUUGAUGGAUUACUCUGCAGGCCGAGAGGUUUCUCCCUAAUCCCCCUUUGUGUCCUGGCCUGCAGCCCCCUCACUCUCUCUGACAAGCUGCUGAGCAGAAGGCUUCCAGUCCAAGUGAAGAAAAGGCAGCUCAGCAGGCGAACUCUAAAUCCCUGGCCUCUGGGCCCUGGGGGAGGCUGGAGCCGGAGAGCAAGUCUGGAGAAAAGAGGGGGUGGAUCUUCUUCCUUCUGUCUGGCCCUUAUUCUUUCUUACAGUCCCUGAGGCCUGCGCCUCUGAGGUUGCAUUCCGAGUGGGGUUUUCAGGUGUCUGUGGGAGCCAUGGGAAGCUGUGGGCCUCGGCUAUUUGUGCAAAUCAUUGCCUUUUUAUAGGGUGGGAUCAGGGAAUAGCAGACCCUCCCUUCAUUGGAAGUAUUUGAACCCAGAAAAUCAAAGACUAAAUAUGGCUUGGAAGGCACGAAGCCAUGUACAGUCUAAUCCUGUGUCCCCUCUUCCCAGCUGCCCGGGUAGGAGUUCCCAUAGCACAGCACCCCUGACAAGGGGAUCUGUAACGAAGCAGGGCUCAUUACCCCCAAGGAUGCUCAUUUGCAGGCCUCCUGGCUGGCCAACACAUCAUCUUUCGGCGUGUCCUAGGGCCCCUCGUGGAGCUGCCAUGAGGGUGGGGCUCACUUGGGGAGUGCAGUAUGCUGCUGGGUUUUACUAGGUAAGGACAAGGACUUUGGUGGCUUGGGAUUGAGGUGAGCGGGUGGGACAGGGAGGCUGGGCUGGUAAACCCCCAGACCUCUUCCCUGCCCCCAACCCAGAGGACCUGGGAGAACUUUACUCGGAACCAGAUUCUGGGGUCCAGUCCUGUGUGAAGGAAUCGGGGUCUUUCCUACCUCUCAGUCUUACAGCCUCCACCUGCUAUUGCUCCCCACCCGCCUCGGGUAGAGAGUGAGUUGGGGCAAUUGGCCUGGCGUGACCACACCCCCUUCUACCACUGAGUCAUUACCCCUCUGGCUAGCCUACCCCCAUCCCCAGUUUCCUCCUCUGGGAGGGGCUGCCCGGCUGUGCAGGGUUGAGGAGUGUGUUUCCCCUGGAGCUAUGAGAAAGCAGCCGUCUUUGACCUGAGUGGUAUGUCCCCGCCCAGGCACCCCCGGAAACAGGCAUUUAGCAUGGGCUGAGAAGCUGGACUUGCACAGAGAGCUGGCAGAAAUGGGCUCCUGGCUGAAUCCUAGACAGCCGGUGGCAGCAAGGAGAGGCCUGGGUGUCUGGAGCGGGACUGCGACAGGGCAGUUCUGGAGUGAGUGACUCUGCUGGAGCCCUCCCUACCUGCCUGGCCCACCAUGGUCCAGAGGCUGUGGGUAAGCCCCCUGCUACAGCAUCGGAAAGCCCAGCUCCUGCUGGUGAACCUGCUGACUUUCGGCCUGGAGGUAUGCCUGGCCGCAGGCAUCACCUAUGUGCCACCCCUGCUGCUGGAAGUGGGGGUGGAGGAGAAGUUCAUGACCAUGGUGCUGGGCAUCGGUCCAGUGCUGGGCCUGGUCUCGGUCCCACUUCUAGGCUCAGCCAGUGAUCACUGGCGUGGACGCUAUGGACGCCGGAGGCCUUUUAUCUGGGCCCUGUCCUUGGGCGUCCUGCUGAGCCUCUUCCUCAUCCCAAGGGCUGGCUGGCUGGCUGGUCUGCUGUGCCCGGACACCAGGCCCCUGGAAUUGGCACUGCUGAUCCUGGGCGUGGGGCUGCUGGACUUCUGUGGCCAGGUGUGCUUCACUCCACUGGAGGCCCUGCUCUCUGACCUCUUCCGGGACCCAGAUCACUGUCGCCAGGCCUUCUCUGUCUACGCCUUCAUGAUCAGUCUCGGGGGCUGCCUGGGUUACCUCCUGCCUGCCAUUGACUGGGACGCCAGCGCCCUGGCCCCCUACCUAGGCACCCAGGAGGAGUGCCUCUUUGGCCUGCUCACUCUCAUCUUCCUCACUUGCGUGGCAGCCACGCUGUUUGUGACUGAGGAGACAGCGCUGGGCCCAGCUGAGACAGCAGAAGGGCUGUCGAUCCCCUCCAGGCCACCCCACUGCUGCCCAUGCCGUACCCGCCUGGCUUUCCGGAACCUGGGCACGCUGGUUCCCCGGCUGCACCAGCUCUGCUGCCGUGUGCCGCGCACCCUGCGCCGACUCUUUGUGGCCGAGCUGUGCAGCUGGAUGGCGUUCAUGACCUUCACGCUGUUUUACACGGACUUCGUGGGCGAGGGGCUGUACCAGGGUGUGCCCAGGGCUGAGCCUGGCACUGAGGCCCGGAGACACUAUGAUGAAGGAGUCCGGAUGGGCAGCCUGGGGCUGUUCCUGCAGUGUGCCAUCUCCCUACUCUUCUCUCUGGUCAUGGACCGGCUGGUGCAGCGGUUCGGCACCCGGGCAGUCUAUCUGGCCAGCGUGGUGGCUUUCCCUGUGGCUGCUGGUGCCACAUGCCUGUCCCGCAGUGUGGCCGUAGUGACCGCCUCAGCAGCUCUCACUGGGUUCACCUUCUCUGCCCUGCAGAUCCUGCCCUACACACUAGCCUCCCUCUACCACCGCGAGAAGCAGGUCUUUCUGCCCAAAUACCGAGGAGACACUGCUGGUGGGACCAGUGAGGACAGCCUGCUGACCAGCUUUUCACCAGGCCCCAAGGCUGGAUCCCCCUUCGCCAAUGGACACAUGGGUGCUGGAGGCAGUGGUCUGCUCCCAUCUCCACCCACACUCUGUGGGGCCUCUGCUUGCGAUGUCUCCGUGCGUGUGGUUGUGGGUGAGCUGCCAGAGGCCAAGGUUAUUCCAGGCAGGGGUAUUUGCCUGGACCUUGCCAUCCUGGACAGUGCCUUCCUGCUGUCCCAGGUGGCCCCGUCACUGUUUAUGGGCUCUAUCGUCCAACUCAGCCAGUCUGUCACUGCCUAUAUGGUAUCAGCUGCAGGCCUGGGUCUGGUUGCCAUUUACUUUGCUACACGGGUAGUAUUUGACAAGAGUGACUUGGCCAAAUACUCAGUGUAGAGUACUUCCUACCCACUGAGGGAGGGCCUGCCUCACUGGGACCCAGCUCCGCCUAUUCUGUGCUCCAGUCAGCCGCAUGGGGCUGUGGGGCUGGCCUCCCAGUGUCUAUUGCUGCCAAAGUGGUGUGGCUCUCUUCUGCCACCCCGUGGCGUUGAGGUGCAUAGCUGCACAGAUGGGGCACCCCGGCUUCCCUCUCACCUCUGCCUAAUCUUUAGGGCUGGCUGACUGGUAGCUCUCCAAAUGGGCGUCAGUCUGGACUUCUAUAGGGAGAGAAGGGCGGGGCAUUUGAUUAGCACCCUGCACUGGAAUGCAGAAUUCUUAGGGGGAUUAUCCCGGCUCAGGGUUCACAGUGUCCUGGUCAAAACAUACCUAAAGAAUGGAUUUGGGGAGCUGAGUAAACUCAGCCACACCGCAGAUCUCCCAUCUCCAGGCCCCCAUAUCCUGUAGUUCCCCAGUGUUGCUCUUGCGUGGGAGUUUCUAGUGUGAAACUCUCCUCAGGAUUUGAAAGUAUGAAAGUUACUUGGGGGCUGAGUCUUGAGAGAAGUGAUGCUGCCUGGCCCCACAGUACUGCCUUCCCACUAAUCCCCCCAGUACAUGGCUUGUUGGCCCCUGUGUCACCAUCAUAGGGACACACGCCUUUAAAUAUUUAACUUAUUUAUUUAAGUAGAGGGGUGGUGACAUCCCCAACAACUGGGUCCCCUGAGAUGGCUGGUUAUUGGACUAAGUGUUGCUAGACUCUCCUUCUCCUGGAGUGACUGGUCUGGCCCCAAAACUGCCUAACCCAGGGGCUUGGAAGCUCUGCUCACCCCAACUGAUAUCCCAGCUCCUCUUGCCCAAGGCUAAGGUUGCUUCAGGUCUCAGCAACCACCCUAGUCUCCCUCCUCUCUUGGCCUAGCCUGCCCCUACCCCACUUCCCUGUGCUCCCUCAAGGACGGGGCUGAUGCAGGAGCUGCCCACCCCCUACCUUUCCCACUGGCUCCACAGCCCUCUCUUUGGGGCUGUUCUGGAACCAGAAGCACCCAGUGUGGCUCCUCGAACCUUUAUCCGUCUCAGCCCCCAGGGCAUAUCUGUGCUUGGUGACUCUUGCACAGAAUCUCAGGAGCACCCCCUGCGCGGGCUUAGGAGGUCUUAUCUCUGGGGGGUGGUUUAAGUGCCGUUUGCAAUAAUGUCAUGUCUUAUUUAUUUAGUGGAAUAAAUAUUUUAUACUGUAUAUGAGCAAUCAGAGUAUAAUGUUUAUGGUGAUGAAAUUAAAGGCUUCUUAUAUGUUUAA